AUCUGUUAAAGUAAAGAGGUCGUCUAAUCACCAUAAUUUGUGUGUUACGCACGAGUUGCCCGUAAUCACAAACUUGACAAGACAGUUUGAGCUUUUAGACUAAUCAGCCACCCUUCUCUUUUUUAUACACAGAAUAGGAGGAGAGAGAAAGAAAGCUUCAUAUCCUUCAUCAAUGGAGAAUUCAACAGCAAAUGAAGAAGACGACUUCUCAGUAUUUGUAUUAGCUUCAGACUUAGGAGUUGAUGCUCGACCUUUCUUAGAUUCCUCUGAAAAUCCCACUGAAACUUGGCAUGAUUGUCCUUCUUACUUCGCUGAUGAAGACUUCUCCGGCUUCGAAGCUCGUGAUUUCUUCCGUCUUCAAGGCUCCGAUAAAUCUGGCAAUCGUAUCUUUCGCAUCGUCGGAAAAUACUUUCCUGCUCCAGUUAUCGAUUCGGAACGAUUGAAGAAGUAUGUAUUCUACAAAAUCUACACAGAAUUACCUGAGGGGCCAUUUGGAAUUGUUUAUAUGCAUACUACAGUACAAAAGGAGGAUAAUUCCCCAGGAAUGACCAUCUUGCGAUGGAUUUAUGAGGACCUCCCAGCUGAAAUUAAAGAUAGACUUCAAGUUGUUUAUUUUCUUCACCCUGGUCUUCGGUCAAGGCUUGCAUUUGCAACACUUGGACGGUUGUUCUUGAGCGGAAACUUGUAUUGGAAAAUCAAGUAUGUCAGCCGCUUGCAGUACCUCUGGGAUGACGUAAAAAAAGGCGAGGUUGAGAUCCCAGAAUUUGUGAAAGGUCAUGAUGAUGUACUUGAAAAUAGACCUCUAACUGAUUAUGGGAUCGAACCGGACCCUUUGAAAUUGACUGAGCUUCCUUCCAUGUCCUUAUCUCUUGGGCGGUAUGAUUAUGAAGAAAGGUGGGCAUCUAGGGAGCAGCGCAUGUAUUGAGAGUCAAUAUGUUGUGCCAAAGACUUGAUAAAAAAGAACCAGUCAUAAAAGUUAGAGAACAUGUAGCUCUAUAAGAUACAGUGUAAUGUAUUAUAAUGCCCCAUGUAAAAGAGCUUAAGGCAUCAUCUCCAGCAAAGUAUAAAGUGUAUUUUGUAUUCAUAUUUAGUACGUGGUUUUGGUUCUUCAUUCUUUGCCUUUGGCACUAUUGUAAUUUACGACUCAUUUAUAGUAGACAAUCAGUUUCUUUCCUCGUCAAAUGUUACCGUGAUUUUGUACUUCACAUUAUGGUUACUUGUUUCUAUAAGAAAUCAUGACAAGUGACAAUAAUC